AUGGAGGCAUUACUUGAGGAGUAGCCCCCAUAGUCUCACUGCACUUGUGGCCUUCCUGAGCUGUGAGUUGGCGCUGUAAGGGUGGUGGGAUACCUCCUUACAUCCAGUCUGUUCUCAGGAUGCCAACAACUACUAGUGCCCAUUAUACUUUAAAAGAAAUCCUUCUCCCUGUGUCAGAAGUGGGGAAGAGAGGUGACAAGGUGUGCUGUCCAUUCACUGAUGGUGAAUUCAUACCGUAUGCAUACAGAGAGAUGCUGUGACUGUCCCAUACACAUCCAUUUAGAAAUGAAUGGAGAUAGAGGAAGGCGGCAGUAGCACUCAAACUCGUCAUAGCAGCGCUGCAGCGACUCAUUCUUUCAAACAAGCAGUAGGAGACCCUCCACGCGGGCAGGGCGGGGGAGGAGCGCAGCAGCGCCCGGAAACAGGGUCUGCUCGCAGACAGAGCGCUACGCGGCUCCCGCGCUGCCGGGACCGAGGGGCGAACGCGGCCGGGCGGGAGAUGCUCGCGGCCACACCUCUGCGGAGCGCGCGCGCGCCACCGCCCGACCACUCUUCUCUCUCCCCGCCUGCCGAGGAGGGAAAAUUGGAAGGGGGCCGGCUCCGAUCGCCGCGCCUCGGAUUGGCCCCCGCCUCCUGCCCUCCUCCCCAUUGGCCGUUUCGCCGGAGCCGUCGGCGUCCGAUUGGCUGGCGCUCUUUUGGUACCAAAUUCAAAGUUUUUAAAAGUACCCGGCAAGGGCGGCCGCGCACUUUCAGCUCGCGGGACGCGGCGGCUGCAGCGCUGCAGAAUACAAACAGAACAAUGAAAUCAAACCUUAAUCACUCUUUCAAAAUGAAAUGUGAUUUCGAUCGAACGGCUCUUCAUGGUGGGUUCACACCUGUAAAAUCUGCAGAGAAAACAAAACCGGAGGAACCCUGCCCUUUGAAAUCUGGGGAGAAGCUUUGCAGAAGCUGUGAUGAAGAGCAUCAGAAAAUACUGAGUGAACCGUACCAUGCAGCCCCCAGAAAUCUAGAUCCUGAAGAUGAAGGAAAGCCUGUACAUAACAAAGAAAACAAGUAUGUAAUCCAAAGAUUUGAUGAAGGGGUCUAUGAAAUGGAGGCACUGGAAAAUAGUAAAGUUAAUGAGGACAGUGGUUAUUCCUCUAUGUUAAGUAGCCAAUACAGUGAUGCAACAGAACAAGAGGACAGCCUGCCCUUGGCUGGAAAUCUCUGUAGCACACCGCAACACUGCCUUGAGAAGAACGAGAUCCAAGUACAGUUGUCCAAGAAGACUUUGUUACCUGUAAGCCAUUUUGAAGAAAUGAUUUGCUCAACUUUGAAAAAAAGUGGUAAAAGAAAUCUCAAAUCUUGGACUGCUUUUGACAGAAUUGUUUUCAGGGAAAAUUUUGAACUUCGUAAUUUAAUUGGAAAGAAAAUGGGAUUAGAUAGAAUAGACAUUCUUGCUGAACUCUUCCAAAAGAACCUGAAGCAUAUAUUAGCAAGCAUCUUAAGACAUCUUGGUGAGAUGGACUUAAUAAAUUUUGCCAAAGUCAGCGCAACAUGGAAGAAGAUUUUGCAAGAAGAUAAAUGGGGUUUCCAAAUGUAUAGUAAAGCUUUGGAAAACCUUUCUAGUGGCACUAAGACGUCAGAACAUGCUGCAACAAGGGAGUAUGUUCUCUACCGAGCAGCUUUAGCUUCAGUUCAGAAAGCAACCCCAUCAAACAGCCUGAGUAAAAAAGGCAGCAGAUCCAAAGCAUCUAAAAAUUACAGCAGGCUCAUGGAGUUCUCUGAGGCAGCCAAGACCUUGAAAAACACUGAAAGCUUCAAAGUCUGCAGUCGUUGUGGCUCACCUGCAAAGUACGACUCCUAUCUGCAAAGAGCAAUGUGCAAUCGUGAAAGCUGUGGCUUUGACUUCUGCACAAAAUGCAUGUGCAGCUACCACAGCUCCAGUGACUGUAUGACAGGCAAACCAGUGAAAUCAAGCUUUAAGCUGGGAACCCUCCCUGGUACUAAGAAAAGCAAGCAGAAUCUGCGUCGAUUGUGAUCCAUCCUGAUACACGUCGUCAGAUGUGCCAUAAAGGGUUUUUAGGACAUUAAUCCUUCCACAAAGAAAAUCAAACCAAAAAAUGCUUUCUGCUAUUCUACUUGUUUAAAAAAAAAAAAAA